AUGAAGUUGGCGCUUAGCCAUGGCUACACCUCCAUCAUCGUCGAAACGGAUUCAGAAGUUGUCAUAAAUGUCUUCGUCGAUGACACCUACGUCUCGCAUUCUAAGGACACUCUCAUCUCGGAUGGAAAAUUCCUCAUUAGACAAUUCCGCAAUUUCAAGAUGGUUCAUGUUCUUCAGGAGGGCAACCAAUGUGCCGACUUCCUUGCACACUGUGGGCAAUCGUCAACUUGGGGCACCACCAUCCUCGACGAGCUGCCAGAAGGUCUCACUCCUCUUUUGGACUGUGACGCUUUGAAAGUCUCCUUUAGGAGAAUCCGCUAA